GAUCUGACUUUUCGCUCGUCACGGAACGUUUUGUGUUAGAAAUUCCUGUAAAUUAAAUUAAAUUAUCAGCCUUUAUCCGAAAUGUGCUCUCUUAAUCUUAUUUUCUUAUCUAUUACCACUAUUUUUACAAUAACUCAAGCAAUCCUCACAAUUUAGAAAAUGUUUAUUUGCGGGACUACUGUGAUUCAAUAAUUUCUUAUUGAUAUUAACGUAUUUCCUCGCUACAAAGUUAAAAUUUUCGCAAUGGACAAAGGCGUGACGUGUGAACAUCUAAACAAGCUUGUUGACUUCCUGGAAAAGGACCUGUGGCAGUCUAAGGAGAAUUUAACAUGUUUCGACUGUGGAUGUCCCGGCCCGAACCUCUGGAUCUGCCUGCAGCCAGACUGCCAUCACAUCGGAUGCUCUGAAGUUAAAAAUGAUCACAGCACCUUACACCAAAAGAAUUUUUCAUCCCAUUGUGUUCAUAUGAACAUAUCGACCGAGCGAAUAUGGUGCUACUUGUGCGAAAAAGAGGUACACAUCAGAGCCGCGCUUGCGCAGGCAAAAAUGAGUCCAGAUUCAACAACAGUGGAAGAUAUGUCGGUGACCACACGUCCAGGCUUGGUCGGGAUCAGUGUCAACUCGGACGAGGAUCUCGACCCGGAUGAUAUGGAGUACGACGAAGAACAGCGGCCAAAAGGGCUGGUGGGGCUGCAGAACAUGGGCAACACGUGCUACAUGAACGCGGCGCUGCAGGCGCUCAGCAACACGCAGCCGCUCACGUCCUACUUCCUGGAGUGCGCCGCCGCCGUGGCCGUGCUGGCCGGCGACGGCAAGCCGGGCCUCAGCCGAGCAUACCAAAAAUUAAUUAAAGAAAUGUGGAGCAGGAAAACUAGAGGCUAUGUUGUACCUAAUGGUAUUCUCUAUGGAAUACGGAAUGUACACCCCAUGUUCCGAGGAUACCACCAACAUGAUACGCAGGAGUUCCUGCGAUGCUUCCUCGAUCAGCUGCAUGAAGAGUUAAAAGAACCGGUGUGGGACAGCACGUCAGAAGAUAAGCUGACUUCAGAAGCAGACGGUGACCAUGACGUCAGGAAUGUACAUAUUAGACGGAGAGCUGCUUCAUCAGGAGCCAGUGACGCGCCGUACUUCGCGAGAAUGAGACGGAAAUCCCCCGCACCCUCCGCCUACAGCGACACCAGAGCUGAUGGCUAUUUAAGGGUACAGUCUCAGUCGGAAGGCGUAUCGCGACACCGACGGUCGGCGAGCUUCGCGGGCACCCACCACUUCACCUACAACGUACUCACACACCAGAUCAAUGGUUCCGACUCGACCCAGCGGGACGUGGGGUCGGAGUCGGAGCUGUCGUGCUCGAGCGAGGCGGAGGAGCGCUACGAGACGUGCUCCAGCGGCGCCAGCGACGCACCCGAGCCGCGCGACCCCCGCCCGGAGCCCCCGCCGCACACGUGGAGCGCGGGCGGCGCGGGCGGCGGCGGCGACGGCGGCGGGGGGGCGCGGUACCGCAGCAUCGUGUCCGACGUGUUCGACGGGAAGCUGCUCUCGUCCGUGCAGUGUCUCAUAUGCGAUCGGGUGUCGACGCGCAUGGAGACGUUCCAGGACCUGUCGCUGCCGAUCCCGUCGCGCGAGCACCUGGCCAUGCUGCGCUGCCAGCAGCCCGCGCUCAGCCAGCACGCGCCGCACGCCGCGCAGGACUCCUGGAUAUGGUGGCUGUUGAGUUGGCUGCGGUCCUGGUUCUACGGGCCCGUCGUCUCACUGCAGGACUGUCUCGCUGCUUUCUUCAGUGCCGAUGAGCUUAAAGGGGACAACAUGUACAGUUGUUCCCGCUGCAACAAGCUCCGCAACGGCGUGAAGAUGUCCGGCGUGAUUCGUCUCCCGGAAGUCCUCUGCGUGCAUCUGAAACGGUUUCGUCACGAACUAAUGUCCAGUGCUAAAGUCGCCGCUCGGGUAUCAUUUCCUAUCAACGAUUUGAAUAUGGCUCCUUACACCCAUAAAGAUUGCACGUCGAAGGUGAGCCGCUACUCGCUGUGCGCCGUCAUCUGCCACGCGGGCACGGCGGGCGGCGGGCACUACACGUGCGCGGCGCGCGCGGCCGACGGGCGCUGGGUGGCCUUCGACGACGCCGCCGUCGCGCCCCUCGCGCCGCACCACCUCGCCGCCUGCGAGGCCUACGUGCUGUUCUACAGGAAAGUGAACCCACAAAUGACGAUACUGCGGCAGAAAGCAGCUGAGAUCUUAGAAACGGCGAGCUCUGAACCAAAUGACCUCAAAUUCUACAUUUCAAAAACAUGGAUAAAUAAGUUCAACACGUGGGCGGAGCCGGGCCCCAUCGACAACAGCGACUUCGUGUGCGUGCACGGCGGCGUGCGGCCCGAGCGCGCGCCGCACCUGCACGCGCUCGCCGCCAGCCUGCCGCAGCCGCUCUGGGACUUCCUGCGCGACACGUUCGGCGGAGGCCCGGCCGUGUCGCACGCGCACGAGUGCAGCGUGUGCGCGCGCGCGGCGCAGCGCCUGCGCGCCCGCCGCGCGCGCGAGCUGGCCGCCUUCGCGGACCUGCACGCGCUUUUCCAGGAGCAAGAACGACCCCGUGCUAUAUUCGCGAUCAGCAUGCAAUGGUUCCGGCAGUGGCAGGCCUUCGUGCGAAACAAGUCGCGACACCCACCGCCGCCCGUCGACAACACCUCCAUAGUCACUAAGCAGGAAGUCGAUGGCAAUGCGACCUACGUGUUGAAAGCGGGCUCCGACCACGCGCAGCUCAGCGAGGAGCUGUGGCGGUUCUUCACCGACAUCUACGGUGGAGGGCCCGAGGUGCGGCUGUCGGCGCCCCCCGCGGCCGCCGCCCCCGCGCCUCCCACUGCGCGCGCACUCGCCAGAAACUACUCCGAAUCUGACCGGGAGGACUACUGCUCCAAGUCUACCUCCGAGGUCAACAUCAGGGACUCAGUACAGGGCGAGCUGCAGAAGAACCAAUCCCUACAGAACAUCAAUCGUAGAUACAAGAAGGCAGACUCCGACGAGGAGAUAACGUACAGGCAUUUCCAGUAUAAGCGGCACGAGCCGAACGGGAACUACGACUCGGACGAGGAGAUGGACGUGAGCCCCGUGAGGAUGGAGAACGGAGUGGACAGCUCGGACCACGACGCCAACGACAACCCCGUGUUUACGGGGAAGGCCGACAGGUCGACGGAUACGGAACUGCCAAAUUUAGAUAGUAUAUCACUCAGAAAUAAACCCUCGAAAGCGGGGAAAGUGAGAAAAAUCAAAAGACGGACAGUGAAAUGAUUCUUUCUAGCUUUCCAGUUCGUUCACAGGCUGAUGCAGAAGGCGACGGGAGCCGCGGGCACUUCUGAACAUUCCUAUACCGGUGACUGGUGUUAACACGUGCAUUUAUUGGGUUCCAUUCGACCUAAAUAUUGCUACUUCGACUAACGCGGAAAAAUUUUAAUAUUUUUCUAUAGAUAUACUUUUUCCAGCGGCCUCGCAUUCCCGGGGGGUUAGUGUUUAGUACAAUUUUAGUUCAAAUUCAGAUUUAGACACUUAGGUACCUAUUUCCGUGUUGUUCGGAAUAAUCUGUAAUAUAUACAAUUGAAUGUAUGUCUGUCUAAAUAACUAUCGAAUGUAAACACAUCAUGUAAAAAAUCAUAUUUGUAAUGUAUAUUCUACACCUGCAUUUCUUCGUUUGACUAUUGUACCGUGGGUUGGGUAUUUAUUUUUGUUAUUUCUGGUUCUAAGUCUAUGUGUUAUUUGUUAAUGGAUUGAUCAGCAAUAAAAAUAUAUUUCAACUAA